AUGAGUCCGUCGCCAGGGGACCACCCUGGUAGAACGGUACCGGAGUGGAUGGAUUUACAGAACCUCCACGGUCGGCUUUAUUAUUUGGUACUAAAAGCAGUUGAUGGACAUGUGCUCCCGAAGAAUCCCUUUAUUGUUGGUAGAUCCGUCGAACAACGUUGCAAGGUCGAAGGUGCGUUCUACGAAAGGAAUCAAAAUUGGUAUGUUCUAAAGCUGCGUAACAAGGAACAUGGUAGAGAACUGUUCAAGCUGACUAAAUUAAUGGAUGGUACACCUGUAAAAAUCGAAUACCACCCCCGGUUGAACCAGCGCAAAUUUGUGGUAACUUGCCCAGAAGUUGAAGGUAUGUCAGAUAAAGAUUUACUAUCCGAACUAUCGUCUCAAGGGAUAAUAGAAGUAAGAAGAAUCACCAAAAAAUCAUCAACUGAAAUUGUCGGCACUAACACGCUUAUACUGACCAUAAGCAGUACGAUAAUACCUGAAUUUAUUCAGUUUGGUCUUCUCCGAGUUCGUACUCGGCUCUAUUAUCCACUGCCUUUACUCUGUAGAACGUGUCUAAAGUAUGGUCAUCCGAAAAGCAAAUGCACCGCACCAUUAGCCUGUAACCGCUGUAGUUCCACAAACCACGAUAGCCAGCAAUGUAAGGAAAACCCCUACUGUGGCAACUGCAAAGAAGAAGGUCACUCCGCAUCCAGUCGUACUUGCCCAAUUUGGACAGCUGAAACUGCAGUGCUUAAGAUAUCCACAGAGAAGAACAUAACAAUACCAGAAGCUCGUAAAAUGGCGCAGCAAAUCAGCAAUAUCAACACAUAUGCGAAAAUUUUAAAAUCUGACCAGCCUCAAAUUAAAACAAAAGAAAUUAAAACGAAGAUAGCAGCCCGGACAACCGAAAAAGAACAACAACAACAACAACAGCAGCAGACACAGCAGCAGAAACGAUCUACACCAGCAGAACAAUUGAACACCGUCUCCCCUCCCCGGAAACGACUGACUUCGGAUCCAUCACUUGAAGCAUCAUCGAAUAUGGCAAUAGACAAAGAUGAUUCUCGCGUCACAGCUAAUCGGAACCUCAGUACCCAAUCAAGGGAAGUGAUAAUCUCAAAUACCACCACACCCUCCAAACCUCCUCCUCCUUCUCCCAACCCUUUCCAACCACCCUCUAGUUUUAGUAAAAAAAAAUGA